ACAGCUUGUUGCCUGUAAAGUUUAUUUGGCUCUGUGGCAAACUGGUGAGAGCAUGACAGAAGCUCUGACAGCGCAGAUUAUGGACCCCGGACUGGGAAAAAGGAAUCCAGCAUUAAGGCUAAUGGACGCACACCACGGGCAUCAUAACAACAUGCAUGGCUUUGGAUUACACCAUAGCAGCGAGCAGGCAGAUGUUAUUAACCCGUUUAUGGACUCCUCGCACGCUGCACACAUGGGUUUCAAGCUGAGCCCGCAAGCCCACGACUCGCAGGCGCACCAAUUCAACCCGCAACCGAACGGCUACUCGCACCACGGACACGUCGGUUCCUACGCCGCACGCGAUUUCCUUCUUCGGCGGGACCAUCACAUGCUGCCGACGCACGAAACCUCCAACGGUCACCAUGGCAUGUUCGCAUCGCAGUCGGCGACUAGUCUACAUCACCCUCACGGCCAGGUCGAACCCGUAUCGUCGCACGUGCUUUUUCCGGGCAUCGCCGACCCGACAACGGGCGGACACAAGCUGGGCAUUCCCUCUCACGACAUGUACUCGCGUCAGGACCAAUUCGGCCAGAUGACGAGUCCGCGCAGCGACCCGUUUGCCAACCAUCAUAUGAACCUGAUGAACCAUCAUCCGGCGAUGAACAUGGCCCAUCAUCACGCCCCGGGCGCCUUCUUCCGCUACAUGAGACAGCCGAUCAAACAGGAGCUCUCUUGCCUCUGGGAGGAUCCCGACCAGCCGACGCCGAAGAAGCCCUGUAAUAAGACGUUCACAAGCAUGCACGAGAUCGUCACGCAUCUGACAGUCGAGCACGUCGGCGGGCCCGAGUGUACGAACCACGCCUGCUACUGGCUUAACUGCCCACGCGACGGUCGCUCGUUCAAGGCAAAAUACAAACUAGUGAAUCACAUUCGCGUCCACACGGGAGAGAAGCCGUUUCCGUGCCCGUUCCCCGGAUGCGGAAAGGUGUUCGCGCGCAGUGAAAACCUCAAGAUACACAAAAGAACGCACACAGGUGAAAAGCCGUUUAAGUGCGAGUACGAGGGCUGUGAUCGACGCUUCGCCAACAGCUCCGACCGGAAAAAGCACUCGCACGUGCACACGAGCGACAAGCCGUACAAUUGUAAGAUUCGGGGCUGCGACAAGAGCUACACGCACCCGAGUUCGCUGCGUAAGCACAUGAAGGUGCACGGCAAGUCGCCCGAGUCGCCGAACAGUUCCUUCGACGGACAGACGGAGAGCAACCCCAACUCGCCGCAACCGCCGCCGCCGCAGCAGCAGCAGCAGCAGCAGCAGCAGCAGCAGCACCAAUCAGGCGGUCAGCACUGCGUGACGUCACAUCCGGCGCCGCUGCAGCCAUCGCUGACGAGCGGAGGUAACACGACAAUCACUUCCGGUUCGCACACGACCAACCUGAGCGAGUGGUACGUGUGUCAGUCGCAGACGCACGCGGGUAUGCCGACGCCGCCGAGCAACGAACACUCGCCCGUCACGGGGCUCGGCGGCCUGCCGCUGCACAACGGAAUGUUACACCACCAUCCAUCCACAAUAUUGCACGCACAGUAUUAAUAGGUAUAAUAGUAGCUAACGCGACGCUGGUCUUAGUGUGACGUGACCGACGCAAACCAAAGACGGUGCCUUAGUUUCUCAUCGGUGAACGCUCUGCGUCUUUUGCUCGUAAUACUAAAGGAAAAAUGCUCGAUAUUGCGCAUAAUAAUAAUUCCGAAAUUUGUCAUCAUGUCGAAAAAAUAUUAGACUCCGGGAAAUUAGAUUUCACGCCCAAUAACGGCCCCCUACACAAAGGUGCGAGUGCGCACUUCCAAAUUACGAAACUCCGGAAUAAUCGAGGCAUAGACAGAGACACAGAGAGAGACAGAGAGAAUGAGAAAGAGGAAGAGAGAAAGAGAGAGAGAGAGAGAGAGAGACAGGGGGAGAGAGGGGGUAGGUAAUAAUAAUAAUAUAUGCGCUACCAUCAAGUCAGAGGGGAUAAGGCGUAACUCAUUGAGCUUCAUGGGCGAGGAGGUCAAUGCAGUUAACUCUCUGCUGUGCAGUGCGUGCAUGUGUGUGACGGAGCUGUGUGUGUGUGUGUGUGUAUGUGUGUCAUGAUCCGUGGUGCAACACCACUCUUGCUCAAACUACCGCUCUAUAUCAUGAAGACUGCCGCUACAAAACACGCCCGAUAAAUCGCCAUAUAUAUAUUAUAAUACGUAUAUCAGCGUGUUCGGAGCGGCUCUAUGUUGUGCUUCGUACGUCGGUAGCCGACAACACCCCGCGUUAACGUCAAUAUUCUUAAAAUGUCUUGUGUGUACACGUUUGGUCACGUUACAUGUUUUUACUGCACUCGCAGCGGCGAUAUUUUUAACAUCCACACUUAAAAAAUCGAUGUUUCGCAUGCCCCGUUCAUGAUAUGACGUAUACGCACUGAAAAGCUAUAUAUUGCACCGUUCGAUGGCCGAAAUUAUUUUGUAUUAAACCAAGUGUGAAAGUUAAGAAUCGGGGUCUUGAACGCACGCACCUACUACCCGCUUAUGUUAACUUAUUUCCCGGGCGCCGUACAUUUUUUACGUUGAAGGCGAUGAAGUCUUUGCGCGAUGCGUUAAUCGGUCAUAUCGACUCGUGAACGCCUUUCAAGAUUUGAUGUUCCCUUUUUUACGGACCGCAACGAUCGCAAAUUACGCUACUAUCUUUUUACUGCUCAAAAUGCAGCUGCGGCAACUACCCCCAGCCUCUCUCGCUCGCGUGAGAAGUGGCCGUGAUUAUGUGCUGUAGGCACGUAACCCUCUCCCCCUCCCCCAGCCAUAGAUCUGUCUCGAUCGAACCCCGUUGGGACACCGAUUGUCGGCACCGACGAUGAGGCGAGAUAUUUCCACCGUAUUAAACCCAUUUCGCGUAAUAUUUCUCACUGAAGCUUCGCUAAUUAUCCCCGAUGCACUGAAUGCCGCUUCAUUUGCGUCAUUAAAUUGUGCAGUUGAGGUACGUACGCUCGCGCGCUCGAGCCGGCGGUAUUGUAGAUGUAAAAAGCGCACGAACGAGAAGAAAGAUAGUUAUCGCUCGGGAUCAAUAUACGCGAGACAGCGAACAAUAAGAAGUUAACUGACGAAGAAGCUAGAGACCAAUCAGAGCGUCUGGAGCGAGAAGAGUGUGAAGG